AACACAAACAAGAGCAGCGAGUAGACAAGAGCUAUCAGCGCACAGCGACCGUCGGAGAGAGCAAAUACAAAUAAUAUAGCUAUUAUACACAAUUUCAUGAGGAUUACAGCGCGGGUUUAGAGGACGAGCACGCCAGCAGCCGGACACCACAAUCCAAUGCGCGAAAAACGAGACGUCUUGAAGUAAAAACAGCAACAAAUAAACAACAACUUUGCAUUUGGAGCUGCAGAAAACACGAGGUGGGAGCAAAGUCAUCAGCGUGAGGGGUUGACUGGCGGGGCCUGGUCAUACAGCGUUUCAACCUGAGGGAGACGAGGCGGAGGCGGAGGAGGAGGAACGAGGGAGAGAAGAGAAGGAAGGGAAGACUUGAGGAAGAGAGUCACGGUCACCUGCUUUAGACAGCUGUGUUGCCAGCUGAUCAAAUUUUGGUCAAAUAUCAACGAUCGUUGCGUUAGAUUUCUGCAGCUCUACUUGGAUUUUAUCGUCAGUAUCAAAGUAUUGCUGUCGUCACACGAUUAUUGUUAGUGUUUUAUUUUUAUUAUUUUUUUUCAGCAUUUUUCCAACUUUUUUUUUUUUCUUUUUUUUUUUUCUUUUUUUUUUGGGGAAUGUUUUUAUUUGUUUAGUUUUUUGGGCUGUGAACAGGAGUUUUCACAUCAGAUUUGAACAGAUUUGUCCUUUUUCCUCCUGUACACGCCCAGUAUAAGGCAGCUAUUUCUCUUUUCUUUGGAAAUCUUAAAAUACACAUCCAUUCAUACACAAUCCACACUCUGUCACAUACACACACACGCACACCACUCAGCCUUCUCACCUAAGCCUGGUCCAGCCUAGUCUUGCCUGCUCCGCUCCCCUGGACAGGGUAAGUGCUCUCAGCAAACAUGUUUUUGCUUUCAUGAUCAUGUGUAGUGUCUCACUGUGCAAUCCAUUAUUUAUUUCUGACUGACUUAAACAAUUGCAGUUGCAGUGUAUUUGUAAGUUUGUUAUGCAAUUUACACCAAAAGGUGCAAUUUCGCUUGUUGACAUCUCUGCUGACUUGUGUGCGGGUUUUGUUUUCUUUCUGGUUUUAAAUAGAUUCAGCUCCGAGAGGAAGGGAGGAAUAUGACCGCAGAGACACUCAAUUUCGGCCCAGAAUGGCUCCGUGCACUUUCCAGUGGAGGCAGUGUGACUUCCCCUCCUCCCUCUCCCGCUAUGCCAAAGUACAAGCUGGCCGAGUAUCGCUACGGCCGAGAGGAGAUGUUAGCACUUUAUGUCAAAGACAACAAGAUCCCAGAGGACAUGCAGGAUAAGGUGUUUGCUGCUAUUCUGCAGGAUGAGCCUCAGCAACCUCUGGCACUGGUGCCUCUAACUGAGGAAGAACAGCGGAAUUUUUCAAUGUCUGUCAAUAGUGUGGCUGUGCUGAGGCUUAUGGGUAAAGGGGGUGGGGCCAUUCCUGCUAGUGUGGCCCGUGGCAGAGGCAGUGUGAGAGGUGGCCGAGGCAGGGGCCGUGGAGAGAGUGGGUUCUACCAAAGAAGUACUGAGGAUGGAGAGGUGGGCUUCAGUAGGAGUGUUAGAGAGAUCCACCGUAGCCAGAGCUGGGACGACCGGGGUGAGAGGCGCUUUGAGAAGCCUCUGCGUAGGGAGGGGUUGCGUGUUGGCUUUGAGGAAGUGGCCUCUGGGGGAAGGAAAGAGUUCAUGCGUUCAGACAGUGAUAACUGGCGCACACUGCGAGAGGAGCAUGAGCAGGAGGAAGGUGGAGACCCAGGAGGCAGCUGGAGACUGGCUGGCUCACGUCGAGAUGAUGGUGGCCCCCGUUCAGCAGGCUGGCGGGAACAUGGUGAGGUUCGCCGUAAAAAGUUUGAUUUUGGGAGUGAGGGAGGAAGGAGGAGAGCAGGAAGUGAAGGAGCAGAGGACGAGAGAGAUGGACUGCCGGAGUGGUGCACUGAUGAAGAAGAAGGAGAGAUGGGUACCUUUGACUCCUCUGGAGCAUUCAUGCCCAUCAAGAAGGGUUCUAAGGACCCUAUUCCAGAGGAGGAGUUUGAUUUUCAAGGUCUAGAAGAUGAGGACGAGUGUGGUACUGAUGGAGAGAACAAAGACGGUAGUUUUGGAGAUAAAGCCGAGAGAGAUGAGACCGACUCUGCAGCUGUGUGUGAGGUAGAGGUGAAAUCUCUCCCUCCCUCCUCUCCUUCCUCCAUGUCCCUCAUUGCUCCUCAGGCCGAGCCCAUGCCCACUGCUGCCCCCACUUGUCUGGAGGAUCCUCAGCCCAUACCUGCCAUGCCCAGCAAGAUGCCAAGUGAAGUGUUAUCAGAUCCUGUGUCUGAGCUGAGUCCUAGUGCCUCCUCCAGUCUGCCUUCAUCCCCUCCUUCCUCUUCCUCUGCUGCUACUGACCUCCCACCAACGGGGGGCGACCCUGAGGAUGAUGAGGGCAUGAAGCACCUGCAGCAGGAGGCAGAGAAAAUGGUUGCAGCUCUUCAGGACACAUCUCUGGAAGAAGAGUGUUUCACCCAAACACUGCAGGAGAGCAGAAACACUGCAGCCGCCCUACCUCUCUCCCACGACUCUGCCAUGAAGUGGUUCUACAAAGACCCACAGGGAGAGAUUCAGGGCCCCUUUAGCACAGUGGAAAUGUGUGAGUGGUUCCAGGCAGGCUACUUCAGCAUGUCUUUGCUGGUGAAGCGUGGUUGUGACGAGGGCUUCCAGCCUCUGGGAGAUGUUAUUAAGAUGUGGGGGCGGGUGCCCUUUGCACCUGGCCCCUCCCCACCGCCUCUGCUGUGUAAUCUGGAUCAGGACAGGCUGAAGAAGCAGCAAGAGAUUGCUACGGCUGCUCUCUACCAGCAACUGCAACAGCAUCAGUUUUUCCAACUUAUUAACAGAAAAACGGAGCACAAAGAAAAGCCAUCUUUCAGGUGCGGAGAGCAGGGUAUGAUGCCUUCGAUGAACAGAUCACUGUCAGUGCCAGAUACAGGGUCCAUGUGGGAUAUGCAUACCUCAGCCUCACAGCCGACAGGUGGUGAGGCCAGUCUAUGGGACUUAACAAUGAAUUCUUCUACUCAGGGUCCAACUCUUGAACAGCUUCAGAAGCUCCAGGAGAGAAGAGAGGCUGAACUCAGGGCUAAGCGGGAAGAGGAAGAGAGAAAAAGAAGGGAUGAAAAGAGGAGACAGCAGCAGGAAGAACAGAAGAGGAGAGAGGAGGAAGAGCUCUUCAGGCGCAAACAGCAGGAGCUGCUGAUGAAGUUACUGCAGCAGGCUCCACGUCAGGGGGCUGCCAGCACAGGCUCAGGCUGGAGCACAGGCCCAGUGCCUGGACUGGGGAAGCAGGGCAAGUCCAUCAACUCGCUGGAGAUUCAACAGGACACUGAGAGACUCUACAAACAGCAGCAAAGAGCCCCACAGCAGAGAUGGGCUACAGAGAGUCUGUGGAGUUCUUCUGGCAUGGAUGGGAAGGCAGCUGGUGGCAGCAGUCCCUCAGGAGGCAGCAUGGGGGUUUGGGACGAGGCCCUAAAGAACCAGAGUGCCCUCCGCAGUGGCAUGGGCUUGAAGAACAGCCGCAGUAGCCCCUCACUCAGUGAUCAGUACAUGAUGAUGAAUCGCCGCAAACGGACUGAGGAUGAGGACCGCUUACUGAAGCUCUUGCAGGGUAUGAAGGCUCAGGAUGGCUUUACCACAUGGUGCGAGCAGAUGCUACAUGCCCUUAACACCUCUGCCAACAACUCCAACUCCUCCCUGGAUGUGGCAACUAUUGUGGCAUAUCUGAAGGAGGUGGAGUCGCCGUACGAGGUACUGGACUUUAUCCGCUCCUAUCUAGGUGACACUGUGGAAGCCAAAGAGUUUGCCAAGCAGUUUCUGGAGCGCCGUGCCAAACAGAAAGCCAACCAUCAGAGGCAGCAGCAGCUCUCUAAGGAGGUGGGUGGACUGACCAUGAACAGCUUUCCUCUGCAGGAUUCUAUGAGAGGUAUGAACCCUGCUGCUUUGCAGUCCAUGUUCCAGGCAGUGCAUUCUGGGAAGGGAGGGAUGGGCUAUGACCAGGCUGGGAAACUGAAGAAGAAACAGCCCAUGAUGCUGCACUCUGAUCCUAGCAUUUUAGGUUACUCAUUCCAUGGUGCAGCGGAUCGGAUGAGCCUGAGUGAGAUGGAGAUGGUGGAGGAUUACUGAGUCCACAGCAAUAGCUACCUGAGGCCUUUUUCCGCGGGUCCAACUAAUCAGACUCCGCAAGUCCAAUGUGCACUGCUGGGGUUUGGGGGGUGGGGGGCGGGUUGAAGAGCCAGGAUAAACAGAGAGUGGGGGUGUGUGGAGAGGAAACUGCAGCUAAAGUAUAAAUUGGGUGUAAAUAGAGUAGUGUUGCUCCUUAACACCCGUUACAGCUUCAGGCUUCCUCUGUAGUGGUGGUGGGGGGUGGGGGGGUGAUACUUGGGGGUGAUUAAACUUCUGGCACUUACACAAUAAGCACCUUAUUCAAACUAAUGCACUUUAUGAAGGUGGUAUAUAGAUAGGGUUUUUUUUUUUUUUUGCUGUUUUUUUUUUUUUAAAGAAGGUUUUACAUGUUAUAGGUAUGUGGUAUGGAUUCAGAAAUAUUCCCACAUAAUAUAUAAAAAUGUGUGUUUGUGUGUAUGACUAAAACUGGACAUGGAGGUAGUUGAGAUAAUGGGGGACCGUCCUGUUUGUUUAAACCGUAUCAGAAAAAGACAAAAUUCUCUUUGAAGACAAACACUGUUUUUUUUUUUCUGUUUUUUUUUUCUUUUUCUUUCUUUCUUUCUUUAAAAAAAAGUUUCUAUAAAAAGCUAUAUAAAAUAAUAAGAUUUUUGCUCAUAAAACUUGAAGAUUUGCACUUGUAUAAAAAAAAGAGAGAGAAAAUGACAAAAAAUAGGUUAGGAUAUAUGUUAUGGAGAAUAAUAUUUUUGUGUGUGACUGAGUGAGUGGGUGUGUUCGUUUAAAGCAUACCGGUCUGCACAGAUUUAUUUUUGGUUUUUUUUUUACAUUGCUUACCAAGAUGUAUAAAAUGACGAGGCCAUUUUGUGAUUUUUCAAGCAACUUAGAAUUUUGUACUUCAUGAGUAAAAAGUGUGUGAGAAUGUAUGUUUGUGUUGUAUAUUUGCAGCAUGUUUGUGUAUUUGACUGAGGGGGACAGAGGGCAAUGGCACAACCCAUCCUUUUUUUAUUUUUUUUUUUCUUCUUUUUUUUGGGUCAUUUCCUCAUCCCCAGACGGAUAUGAAAGCUGUAGAUGCAACCAGAAAAAAAGCUUUAGCUUCUUUUAUACUUAGCAGUGCUCUGCAUGCAAGUGUUUUUUCCUUUUUUCCUCUUCUGUCCACCACCCGUAUCAGUGCCUCUAGUAGGCUUAUGGGCCAAGUCCUGAGGUUUUGUGUAUGCGUGCAUUUGAUUGUAUGUUUGUCUGUUUGUGUGUGUGUGUGCGAGAGAGAGUUUCUGUCCACACAUGUGCCUACGAACUUAAAGGGCGAGUGGUUGGAGUUCAUUGCUGCCAUUGAGACAUUAUUUUUAGGGAGUGUGUCUCAGUAAAGAGACUCCCGUGCUUAUAAACCAAGAGCUUUGUGCAUUGUGCACACCAUUCUCUGUAGUUCUUCUAGUGUAGCUUGGGGAUAGUCCAUUGACAGGAUUGUCCACAUUUUUUUGGGGAUGUGGCUCACAUUGCCUUGUUGUCCACUCUCUUACUCCAGAGCAAGUGAAUGACUGGCUUAAAUAGAUCCCAUCAAACUGUGCAAGUGCACAAAAAUGUGCACAAAAAUGUUCAUCUAAUGUUACUUGUUUGUUGUUGACUCUUUGUUAUGGCAUAUAUGUAUCUCUAAUAUACACAUAUACACACAAGUUAAAAGUAUUUGGACUACAAAUGAGCACUUGGGGCUGCUACUUUUUUAUUAUUUUUUUGAAAUGAUUUUCCUGUAGUUUUUAGUUUCAUUGCCACCAUGUGAAGUGUGUUGUGUCUUUUUACAAAAAAAAAAUAUUGAAUGUAUUCCAAAAAAGGUAUAAAAAAAAAAAAAAAUCCAACAAAAAAAAAAAAAGCAGUGAAGCAGGAAUUUUUUUUUUAUUAUUCAACGCAAACAUGGAAACGUAGUCGGAUGUUGGAAUGGAACGAAAGGCGUCUUUUUCAAAUGCCUGUUCAGCAAGCAGAUGGAGAAUCAAGACGACUACCGCCAGAAGACACUGCCUCUACAAUCCUGUUCAUAUAAACAUUAUGACUAUGUUGAUAAGAGAGAAAAAAAAAAUCUAUUCCAUACUGGAGUUUUGGUUGUUUACAGAAAAACACUUGGACUUUUGUGGAUGUUUCCCUUUUUUGGAGGGUGGGUCACUUGAUUCAGAAACAUUUGGGGAGGAGCUGCUGUAGUAAUCACAUGACGGCAUGCCCCACCCCCUUGUGAAAUGGGUGUGGCAUACAGAAAGUCUCCAUACUUGUGACUUUGGGGAUUGGGUGCUGAGAAGCAGUUAUUACAAAGCUGACUGUAUUUUGUUUACUGAAUUUGUUGUUUGUUUCUGUUUACUUUUUGCCUAUUUUUUAUUUUUUUUUCCUUCACAGUGGAUUUAAAUACUUUUUCAGAGAAAAAGUUUGUGUUUCGGGGGGGGGGGCAGGACAAAAACAGCACAGGCCAUUUCUUUUUGGUACCUUGAAAUGCAUGAAUGCGAUUGUUGAUGCUUUAAGAGUUUUCUUCCCCAGAGUAUCUAGAACUGGCCUCUAGAUUUUGAUUUUGUUUCAUGAAAAUACAAAGAUGGACAUGUCCGUGACAUGCUGGAAAGUGCAGAAGAACAUGAGGGACAUUCAUGACCUCAGCUCUGUCCACAUUGCCUGGGGACUGUAAUUAGCCUUUCUCUUUCCUUGUGGACGAAGGGAGUAUCGCAGCAGUUGACGUCAUCCUUCUGAAGAUAACGAGCGAACGAUCACUGCCUCGAUGCUCUCACUAUGCACUUUUCACACACUCAAAACUGUGAGGAACCUGUGGGAACACGUGGAGGAAGACAGAGGGUGCUGUAGAAGCAUGGCUGGCCGGACACUUCAAAUCCAGCUAAAGCCCCUCCAGUGAGAACCGAAACAGGCAUGUUGUUCCCUCCUUCUGAACAUGUAAAUAAGUGAUGUUUUUUUUUUUUUUUUUUUUUUUUUUUUUUGGGUCCUGUUAACUCAGCAAUUCUUAGAACUGAACAUAAUCUUGAUCACACACCAAUGAAGUAGGCUAAUAAGACAUCAGACAUUUUGAAUGUUGAGGAAUACCUUCUACUCCAUGUUCGGCCUUUCGGAGAUUUCCUGUGGAAGCACUCGAGAUGCAGGAAAGAACAUUUUAUGAACUGCUUGUUUCUGGCUGAUGAACAGAGACUAUUUCAGCGGAUUGUGCAGAUUGUCUAAGGAGUAGACGAGUAUUUGAGGAGAUGAACAAAGCUUCUGUACAGCUGUGGAUUAAUUUCAGCGUGGAGUCGCCUGUGACUGCAGCAGCAGAACUGUCUGUCUGACCAGUAUCCCAGAGCUUCUAACAAGGACAGUGGCCGGAUUUUCUCUCAUUCCUCCUAAUCUCUUCUUUUAUUCUUCCCUCUCUCUCUCUCACACGCACGCGCGCUCUCGCUCUCUCUCUCUCUAUCUCUCUCUCUCUCUCACACGCGCGCUCUCGCUCUCUCUAUCUCUCUCUCUCUCUCUCUCUCUCUCUCUCUCUCUCUCUCUCUCGCGCGCUCUCUCUGUCUCUCUCUGUCUCUCUCUCGCGCGCGCGCUCUCUCUGUCUGUCUCUGUCUCUCUCUGUCUCUCUAUCUCUCUCUCUCUCUCUCUCUCUCUCUGCCUCUGUCUCUGAGGAAGACUACAGAUGCUACCUGCACUUAGAUGUCACCUCCUUUCCUGCAUGAUGUGAAGUGACUGAACUGAUAGGAGUGUGAUGUACCUCCAUGGCUUGCUGGCUCCCUCAGUAGGUGAUCAACUUCAUCGGAGAGCAGGAUACUGGAAUUCCUGAACUAUGACAGUCAAUACCUGUACAAACUGUUAAAACCCUUAAUUACAUACAUGGCUAACACACACAAACAUGUUGAGGUCCGCUAAGCACACAUGUAAGCAUGGUCAUCAUCCAGUAUCAAACGCAAACUUCACUUCCUUCAGCUGCUGUCUUGAUUAAAUCAUAUUCACACACAGACUUCAUACGCACGGCUCCUGGCUGUUGUGUAAACUGUAUAUGCGAUUACUGCUUUUCUCUGUCGUGUGUGAUUUGUUUUGGGGUUUGGUUUUUUUUGCCCCCUUUAGGACAUGCCUUAACUGUACAGACAAGCCUGUACUUUGGGGAAAAAUGCUUAACAUGUUUAGUAAAUUUGAUUUUACUCCCAUCUUUAUUCCUGAGCUUUGGUUGAGGAUUAAGUGUGGAGUGUAUGUGACCUACAAAUCCCCUCAGUCCUAAAUUUAACAUUAAAAGACGUAUUGUCAGUUUAGAUAGAAUCUGGCUAAUUCUAACUAAAUAGUUUGAGACUUAUUUAUGUUGCAGAACAUGCAGCAUGAUGAAAAAUGAGGCAUUGUUUUAAAGAUGAUGAUGUAGUUUGGACUGAUUAGUAGAUUAUGUAGUGGAAUUAACUGAAUUUACUGUCUAACUUUGCUGGCCGGUUUUGGUCAUUUUUUGACAAGGAUUUGAGCCGCAUGCAGCUUUAACACCGUGUCAGUGCUGUUAAACAGAGACGUGCAGUGAUGAUUUAUCUAACAGAAUGGUUCUGCUUUGUAAUGUCUGUGAAAAUGAUUGGAGUUCUUUAUGUGCAUGAUGCCCUUUUAUUAUGGGUGGUGAUUAAUUAAACUAGUUAGUUUAAUGAGAUUAUGAUGGGAGUGAUCAGGAUGAUGGGUUACCAUGCAUGAAUGGCCAUGUUCAGUAAAGAUCACAUAUCUUCAAUAACAAAGGUUGCAGGUACAUGUACCCAUGCCAGCUGUGGGCUUGAUCAUAAUUUGACAAAAAAACAAACAAACAAACAAAAAACCUAUCCUCCAAACCAUACACUUGAGUAAUGAUUGCAGGAACAUCUGGAAUUUCUCAGAUAUUUCUCAACUCCCACAGUCUUAGUACGAAGGGAGAUCAGUAUUGAGUUGGAAUCUCAUUGUCUUCAACAUUUGCAUGUAACUUGUAGUGGAGGUGAUGCAAUGAAUCAUUUGCUAAUUCCCAUUCUACUUGUUAAGUUUGUCCUGUAGUUAAACUUUUAAAAUAUAAAAGGUUAAAUCUUACUGAAAAUAGACGAUAACGUACAGAUUAAUGAGUGUAAAUAGUUUGGGUUUUUGUUUGGAAAAUAUGAGUACUUAAUAAAUGACUAUCAUUAAGGAAGA